UAUUAUUGUUAUUGUUGUUGUUAUUUUCGUUUUUAUUGUAUUCUAUUGCAUCAUAUACGAUUCUAUAAUAUCGUAAAAAUAAUAAGAAAAAGAAAAUAUAUACAGAAUUAUAGGAAGGUAUUAAAUAAAAGUAGAAUCGAGUGUGUUCCAUGCGUGGUAAGCAAGAAGCUUUACUACGACAAGAUCAUCAUAAGCUUGAGGAUCAACAUAACAGUGAGAUCGUUGAGCAGGUAGGUGACCGGUCGAGAAUCUGUGUGACCAAAGAGUUCACAAAUUUGAAGACGAGGCCGACGACACCCGUCCUGGCGAACGACGGAGGGGGCGGCUUCUGGCUGGCCACGGUGGCCGCGGGGGUUGGUGCCCCAGCCGGGCUGCCCCCGCACUCAACGCAUCAUCCAACUAUGGACCCAACUUGUGUAACUGCCGAGACCGGCUUCAUUAAUAGUCAACCUUCAAUGGCCGAAUUCAUGACUGCUUUGCCGCAAUUGCCUAACGAUGGGAACCUUCAGCAUUCACCUGGUACCGGUGGUUCCAUAAGUCCUGGUGCACACCUUCCUCCCUAUCAUGGAAUGAUAGAUCAUCACGGAGUAACUGAUCCAUCUGGUGUCAACGUACCUGAAUAUCCUUGGAUGAAGGAAAAGAAAACCACAAGGAAGAGUAGUCAGCAAGAAAAUGGUCUUCCAAGAAGAUUAAGGACUGCUUAUACGAACACACAAUUGUUAGAAUUGGAGAAAGAGUUUCACUUCAACAAGUACCUAUGUCGUCCACGACGAAUCGAGAUCGCAGCUUCGCUAGAUCUGACAGAAAGACAGGUAAAAGUAUGGUUUCAAAAUCGAAGAAUGAAGCAUAAACGACAGACUUUGAGCAAAGAGGACGGCGACGAAAAGGAUGGUUCGACGUCCGACGGUAUGGAGAAAACGAAGAAUGAUAAAAUUUUAAGUAUCGAUGCUGACGAGAAGAAGAGCUGUCACAACUGUGAUAUUUCUGGGGUUGGAGACGUCGGUAGUACUCUUUCAGGUGACGUAGCCGAUCUGGCAUCGUCUGGUCGACGAAGUAGCAACAGCAAUAACAAUAACACCAAUAACAAUAAUAAUAAUAAUACUCCGACUGCUACCAACAACAACAAUAGUAAUCCAGGAUUCAAUACGAACAGUAAUGGUGCCAGUAGUGUCGGAAGUACGAACAGUGUUUCUAGUUCUCUAGAAAAGAUGAUGGCCGACGAUGACUCAAGGUCGCAGGAUGGCAGUGAAGUGACCUCGCCGAGCGUGCCGACGAAAAAACUUUCGAACAACGAAGUAAGGAUCAAAGUCGAAAGUGGACACAAGAGUCCAAACGCAUCGAAACAAAUUUCUAUCAGCAAAAAGUCACCGUCCGCGAGUUCAAAGGAAAUAUGUUCAGUAAAUAGUAAUGGUGUACUUCUUGCUAUGCCUGAUUCUACGGUCAGUACGCCGGUCUUGCCAGGUCAAAGUUCAGCAAGAAGCCUGACACCUUCCUCCACACCUGGAACACCGGCCUCCGUUCAGCUUCAACAAGGAAGUCCACUGAGCAUGCAACAAACGCAUACAGCAUAUAUGCAAAGACCACGAAGCUCUCCGUCGUCAACAACUUCGGUGCCAGCUAUAAUGCAUGGAUCGGCGAAUCCCGGUACUAUGUCCCCACACGCUGCCAUAACCAUGGCAGCGAAUCAAAAUCAUUUUCAACAACAAAACGUUUAUCAAUCAAAUCUCGGUGUUGAUUAUAGAAACGGUGUUCCAACGAAUAGACAAACUGUCCCUCCUGUUGUUCAACAAACUCAAUCUCAAAACAGUUAUUGUAUCAGACAAAGAUACCAACAUACUAGAAUUCCAUAUUCCAACGAAGUUCAUCCAUACAGACAAAAUCAGACAGUCGUCUCGCGAAUGAGCCACGCGAGAGUGACCGGUCCUAGAAACGUGUAUGGUUCGAACAUGCAAUUUCAUCAACAACAAAACCAAUAUGGAAAUACUGCCGACUAUAAUGGAUAUCCUCAAAGUGAAGCAACGUAUCAUGCAUCGUAUCAUAGAAACAUGCAAAGCGGAGGUGCUUACAAUACCGCCCAAGGCUAUCCCAAUCCACAAGCCGAACAACCGACGGAAGGAUAUAUGAAUUCUGGAAAUUAUGGUUAUACGAGCACCGGUUAUCAUCCCAAUAGUGAAAAUCUUGCAUCCCACGGUCAUUCCAAUGUGUCAACGCAAAGCGGACAACAACAUUAUUAUAAUGAAAUUCCACAUCAGCAACAACAGCAACAACAACAACAACCGCAACCACAACCACAGCAACAACAACAACAACAAGCUGAAAGUUACGUCGCUCAUCCGCCAUCAAUGCAUCCCACUUCCAGUGAUUACAGAACCAAUAAUAAAUGUCACCCUAACACUUACUAUGAACAAACCAAUCAGAUGCACGUUCAUCAGGGUGGUGAGGCAUCUAAUAUACCAAACAGUUAUGUGUCCUCUCCAGAUCCGUUCCCAGCACCCGGAAUGACCACCACAGCGACUGCGAUUGCAGCUGCAACCGCUGCUGUCAUCACGCCACCCGGUAGCACAGGACAAGCCGACGGAAGUACGGAUUAUAACAAUUACGGUAAUUUUUACGGUGAACCCGUUCACACGACUGCACCACCACCGUCGGCCGACAACAGCAAUAGCUCUUCAGACUUCAAUUUUCUCAGCAAUCUCGCCAAUGACUUUGUACCCGAAUAUUAUCAGCUCAGCUGAGUCCACGAGACGGAGAAUCCGUGUCAGUUUGACUGGACCGAUGAGCAGGGACUCCUCAAUGUGUUAUACUGACUACUUUGUGAUUUGUAAACGUAUCGUGGCGAAAAGAAGAAUAUGUGCUGUGUUUAUGAUUAGGGUUGGUGAUAUAUUAGUGAUAAAUAUGAAGUUAACAAUAUUUCGUGAUUUCAUGAAGUUACUCGACUAUUUCUAAACCAUCGGAAUUGAUGAUGACUGGAUGAACGAUUUUAAACUCGUAAUAUCUCGUUGACUUAUUUUCAAGCACAUCGUUCGAAACUCCUACUUUUAAAUUUUGGUGUAAAAAAAAAAAA